AUGGGGGUUUACGAUGGGGUUGGGGUUUGCUGCGAUGGCUCUGUUUCAAAUUGGAUGGGGUGUGUGAUGGAGUUUGUUGCAAAUAUGAUAUGUUAUGCGAUGGGGUGUGUCUGCAAGAAGAGGGAAUUUUUGAUGGGGUGGGGCUUGAUAUGGGAUGAGGUGGGGUUUGAUAUGAGAUGGGGUGUGUUUGAAAGAAAAGAGGGUUUUCGAUGGGUGGGGUAUAAUAUGGGAUGGGGUUUACACAGUAAGUUAGGAAAUGAGGUUCAAGAGGGCAAUUUAGGAAGAAAACUGGGGUAUAGUGAGUAA